GAUUUGCAUUAACAUUAAACGUCCCUCGCUCUCUCUUUCGUUGGGUUCUCGCGCUUUUUUCUGCUUUUAUUUCAUUUUCUUUAAAGGGGGGGCUCGGAAUUUGCGUUUUCUGUUUUGUGAAAGGUGACCGUUUGAUUCGUGAAAAGGCAGAUGAAAGAUUGAGGCUUUUCAUAUAUCUGGAUCUGGGUUGGGGUGCCUCUGUUUCAGAGAGACGUUUUUGACAUCACUUAGCUCGUUUGUAAGCAAGCAUUCCAAAAGUAAAUACAAGGGUUUUUCAUGUUACGUGUUUUGUGGGGUUUUCUUCUUCUUUUUUAAGCCUCUUGGGGAGAGAGAGGGAGAGGUGUAUACUUUCAUAUAAAGAUAGAAUUGAGCUCGCUAAUGAUUGACAGAGCCAACAAAAAAACGGAAGAUUGCUUCUGGGGAAGAAAGAAGGCAAAAUGCUUAAACUUUUAUCUCUCUGGUUUCGUCUCUCUCUGUCUCUCUGCUGCGGUUGUCUCUCUUUCUUUCCAUUUGAUUCCAUUAGGGUUUCAUAUUGGUUCAUUGUCGCCGAUGCCAGAUCAUUUUUGCGAUUUCGUUUUGAAACACUUUCUUUUUGACAUCGCCAGCAAACAAAGAACCAAACUUUGGAUUCGGGGUGUCUGAAAUCCAAAAGGGUCUGUGUAUUUGCGUUGUGUCUGUGAAUGUGUGAAGCGCUUUGGGACAAUAGAUAAAAGGAAAAAGAGAGAAAAAAAAAAGAGUGGGGGAAGGGCGGUGGUGUCAGUUUCGAGCGAGUGGGUGGGUGUAUUGUGCAUCUCAACGUUAUUAUAUAAUUCUUUCUUCCCCCAAGAUUUUAUAUGGGUUUGUCUCCAAUGUUCGUUUUCGAGAUGUGAGACUCCAUUAGCAAGCUUUCCUUGAGUGACCCUUUUCUUGGUCUGGGAGAAAUUUCCUGUUCCGACUAAGAAACUUGCCCUCGUCUUUAGCUUCCUCUGGUUUGGGACUAGAGCACAUCUGUUCCAUAGGGUUCUUCAAAAGUUUACCUCUGGAAGUCUACUGCUGGUUCUGGAUUGUGUUCUGGUCGGAGCUGAGGUUCUUGCAGUGUUGGGGCAAAAGGGAAGGGGAAGCAACUCCUGGAAAAAAUGAAGUUUAUGAAACUUGGAUCCAAACCUGAUUCAUUUCAGUCUGAAGGAGACAAUACAAGGUAUGUGGCUACAGAAUUAGCAACCGAUCUUGUCGUGGUGAUAGGUGAUGUGAAGUUCUAUCUGCAUAAGUUUCCAUUGCUGUCCAAAAGUGCACGCCUUCAGAAACUCGUCACGAUCUCUGAUGAUGAAGAACACCGCGAUGAAAUCUACAUGCCGGAUAUUCCUGGUGGUCCUGCCGCUUUUGAGAUAUGUUCCAAGUUUUGUUACGGCAUGACGGUGACCCUAAAUGCCUACAACGUCGUUGCAGCUCGUUGUGCCGCCGAGUUCCUCGGGAUGUAUGAGACUGUUGACAAAAGCAACCUCAUCUACAAGAUCGAAGUGUUCUUGAACUCGAGUAUCUUCCACAGCUGGAAAGAUUCUAUAAUCGUUCUCCAAACCACCAGGUCUCUUUCUCCAUACUCCGAGGAACUCAAGCUUGUCAGCCGUUGCCUUGACUCCAUUGCUUCCAAAGCUUCAAUGGAUGCCUCGAGAGUCGAAUGGUCUUAUACUUACAACAGGAAGAAACUCGAGAAGGGAGGUAAUGGUGUGAGAAAACCGCAGGCUGUUCCAAGAGACUGGUGGGUGGAAGAUCUCUGUGAUCUUCACAUCGACUUGUAUAAACGGGUAAUCACUACAAUUGAGACGAAAGGGAAUGUUCCGGCCGACGUUAUUGGAGAAGCAUUGUAUGCUUAUGCCCUGAGAAGGAUACCCGGUUUCAGCAAGGGCUCGCCCCAAGUCAGUGACUUUGGAAAGUAUUGGCCUUUGGCUGAAACCAUCAUAGAGCUUAUUCCGGAUGAGAAAGGCAGUGUUUCUUGUAGUUUCUUGAUCAAGCUGUUGCGGGCGUCGGAUCUUCUCGAGUGUGGAGAAACCGUGAAGAAUAGAUUGACGGAGAGAGUUGGCGAGCAGCUGGAAGAGGCGUCGCUGGGUGAUCUUCUGUUGUACGAUGUGGAUAUGGUGAGAAUCCUAGUCGAGAAGUUCUUGGCACGGGAUCGGGAAGCCGAUUUUCCACCUACAGAAGACGAAUUAUCCUCGGAUGUUUCGAGGGCGUUGGUUGCAAAGAUCGUUGACGGAUACCUCGCCGAGAAAUCAAGGGAUCCAGAUCUACCCCUUCAGAAAUUCCUCUCCCUUGCUGAAAUGGUUUCAAACUUCCCACGGCAGUCUCAUGACGGGGUUUAUCGAGCCAUCGACAUGUUCCUCAAGGAACACCCAUGGAUCACAAAGAAGGAGAAGAAGAGGAUAUGCAGGUUGAUGGACUGCAGGAAACUAUCGGCAGAGGCCUGCGAGCACGCAGUCCAGAACGAGCGUCUGCCAUUGCGGGUGAUCGUCCAAGUCCUCUUCUUCGAACUGGCCAGAGCCAACGGCUCAUCCACAGGAAACAGCACGCCUGACCUCCAGGCAUCACGGUCCACGACCAUAACCACAAACACGGAAGAGGACUGGGACCAGGAGGAGAUCAAAGCCUUGAGAGGCGAACUAGCGAAUCUGAGAAUGGGGAAGAAGGGACGAGAAAGCGGCAAGGGGAAGGUGAUGAAAGGAAUGGCGGUUUCAAGAGUGUUUUCGAAGAUGUGGUCAGGUAAAGACAGGAGCGCAGAGAUCAGCAGCUCGUCGGAGACGUCGAGUCCUGGCUCUGUCAAUGGAGAUUCCAAGUCGUCUUCUUCCACAAGCAAGCGACAUUAAUGGCUUCUUCUAACCUCUUUGUUUCUCUUACCAAACCUGAUUUCCAUUUGUCUGGCCCUUUUUCCCACCUGCAAGCAAAAUCGGUAUGUUCUUCUUCAAAGAUGAUGAUGAUGAUGAUGAUGGUGGUGGUAUUAAUGGUGAGCCGAACGGGGUUCAAAUGGAGUUAUGGGCCCAUUUGAAAUC